UUGAUCCCGGUGGAGUCGCGGUUCGCUCCCGGUGGAGUCGCGGUUCGCUCCCGCUGGGACCGGGCUUCGAUCCUUGGCUCGAUCCCCGAUUCCGACCCGCUCCGACCCCGCUCUGAGAGCGAUGAGCGCCCGCACUCUGCGCGGCGCCGCCGCAGCCUCACCGGCCCCACGGGCCCUGGGCAACGCCGGCACCCCCGUGCUGGCCGAGUGCCCCGGCAACGACGAUGAGCGCGAGCGGCGGCAGCGCCGGCGCUCCAGGGCCGCCGACUCCUCGCUGGCUCUGGGCUCCCCCGCGCCCAGGCAGGAGGGCUGGCAGCUCCCGCAGUGGAGCAAUGCGCAGAUCUCAGAGCACUACAACACCUGCAUCCGCCUCUCCACGGAAAACAAAAUCACCCCGAGAAACGCCUUUGAUUUACAUCUCAUCGACUACAUGCCCAAGAUCCUGAAGCAGAACUCUGAGUUCACUAGCUUCAAGGUUGCAGCUGGAACGUUGGAUGCCUGCGCCAAGAUCUACUCUGUGCGUGUGGACACAGUCCAUGCAGACACCUACAAAGUCCUUGGGGGCUUAGGCAAGGACUCAGCACCUGCCAAGGGCCUGGACAGCCCAGGGGAAGAAGACAGUUCAGCUCCUGAGGCCAUCAAGAAAGUUCAGCCAAAGAAAAAACAGGCAUUCAAAACCAUCGAGCAGAACUUGAGCAACAUCAACGUGUCAGAGGCCAAUCACAGACAUCGGGUGGGUUUUUGGGGGAGGCUGCUAGAGCAGCUGCAUGGGAGAGGAACGAGGGUGUCACCUCAUCUUCCUCAUCUCUGCUUUCCUUCUUGUUCAUUCCUCUCUUGGGCUCUGACAGUCACGUACAUGUCUGGAUUGUGCUGGUACAGCAGAGUUGUGUCCAGUCAGGUCUGA